AUGGGCGCCCUUCUGGUGGCGCCACUAGCCGCUUCGGUAAGAUAUCAAUAUUAUAAAAGUUCAUUUCUAAAACUCAUUUCAAGAUGGCGUGUUGCUUCGGGAGCGCUGCUUGUUCGUUAUGUUGCGCCGUAUGCCCAAGGACCAAAAACUCGACGACGACUCGGAUAAUGUACGCGACGAUGCUGUUUGUAAGUACCUUCAUAUCGUGUGUGAUGCUGAUUCCAGGGAUUCAAAGAAAACUAGCCGAUGUAAGUUUUUUGUUUUUGUUUUCCUCUUCAUUAUAUAUAAUUCAAGAACGGUUGGUUCUGUCAAGGUCUGAACGAAAUCGCAGGAAUCAGCUGCGCUCGCGCGACUGGUUUUCAGGCCGUUUACAGGUGUCAAAGCUUUCUAUUUUGAAAUAAAUUUUAAUUUCAGAGUUUGCGCCGGAACCGCUUCUUUCUUUUUCAUACUGAUGCUUAUAAUGUUGGGAGUAGAAACAUCAAAAGAUGCUCGCGCUUCGAUUCAGAACGGCUUCUGGUAAGCAUAUUGUUUACGAAUAAGUUAAUUGUUUUAUUUAGGUUUUUUAAAUAUUUGCUUCUCGCCGGCCUUGUUGUCGCAUUUUUCUUCAUUCAAAGCGAAACAAUCUCUUCUCGUCCGUUUUUUUCAUUCUUGUUUUUUUUUUGAAGAGUAGUUUAGAGAUUAUGAAGAACUUUUUCAGCUCUGAUGUGGAUUGGAAUGCUUGGAGGAUUUCUUUUUAUUCUGAUCCAGCUGAUCUUGAUCGUUGAUUUUGCACAUGGAAUCGCUGAAAGCUGGGUCGACUCGUUGGUUCCUUUUCUCUUCUGAUUUUAUCAUUAUCAUUUGAAGAUACGAAGAGAGCGAUUCCAAGGUCUGCUACUCGGCCAUAAUAAUUGUGACUUUUGGCGGAUUUGCUCUUGCCUUGGUCGCUGUCGUCUUGAUGUUCUACUUCUACACAACUGUAAUAAUUUCCAAAUUUUCUAUUUAUGUUCAUUUGGUGUCGUUCAGGGGGAAUCCUGCGGUCUUCCGAGAUUUUUCAUCAUCUUUAACGUCCUUCUCUGCGUCGUCCUGAGCGUUCUCUCGGUGAUGCCAUUUGUCCAAGAACGGUUUGCAUCGGGAAAAUAUCGGGAAUGGAAAUUGAUUUCAGAAUGCCCCGAUCUGGUCUGCUGCAGGCGGUGAUAAUAAGUGGAUAUGUGCUUUAUCUCACAUGGUCUGGCCUAGUUAAUAACCCCGGCGAGUUGACAUUUUAUCAAGUUCUAUUAUUUUUCAUUGUCAUAUAAACAAGGUUUCUUUUCAGUCUCGCAUCAAAACUAAUGAACAUUCUCUUAUGUUUUCUUUACAGUGUUUCACUCUGAAAAAAACAAAAACAACAUUCUUUUUCAGACAAGGAAUGCAAUCCGUCGUUAUUGAGCAUCUUCACGAACGCGACACGUCCCGAAGACAAGGAGGAACAGGUGAGAUAUAAAAAAAUUCACGAUAGAAAAAUUCCCUCAGAAAUUGUUCCUUAUAAUUUCCUUAUAAAGUUUUUUACACCAAAAACAGACUAAAUUUCAUAUUUUGGAAUCCUCGGUUCUGAUCAUUUUAAUGAUUUCCAAGAGAAUAGAUGAUGAGAAACGCGUUGAAAGGUUACUCCACUAGUUGGUUAAAAACGAUUCGAAGCUACUUUCUGCUUUACUUCACAAGUUUUUUACCUCAUCAAUUUUAAAGAUGAGAAUGCCAUGCUCUCAUUUUGACUACCCCGAAAAAGUAAAAAUGUCGGUUGACCUCUGUAGAACUUGAAGCAGGGAGAGUGUAGACCUCAGAAAGUUCAAAUGAAAAAUGAAUUUUGAGACAUUCGGAGUUCCUCUGCCGGCGCAGUCGAUCGUGACUUUGUUCCUGUGGUUCGGCUGUCUUCUCUACGCCUCGAUCCGCAAUUCUUCCCACACUUCCCUCGGAAAAAUCACCGGUGGCGAUGAGAGCGUCAGACUAAGUUCGUCGAAAGAAGAGUUUGUGAAAAGCGGUUCGUGCAUGCUUCGCUUCUGUUUCGUCCUCGUUUGCUGACUUCGUACAGUUUAUGUCAUGCCCUGCAUUUUUCCGAGCUAAUUGUAGCACGGCAGGUUGUGUUUGUGUCAAGACCCCGUGAAUUCUCAACUUUCUCUUUCCAUGUUUUGUCCGACGUUCGCACUGGUACAACUAGUAAGGUAGUUUAGAAAAAUUCAAAAAAGGGUCAUUUCACUCAGAAUUUAAUAAUUUUUAUGAUCAUUUGCUUAAACAGCAUCUGUUUUACUGGAUGGAGAUCCUGAAAGUUACAACUACGGUUUUGGGCCAUUUUUCAGCAAGUUUAGACUAAAAUGACCACCUUUUUAAUACUCUCGUUUCGUUACACUGUAUUUUUCAAAAUUUAUCUUUUUGUUUGUUUAUACAGAUUUUUUUUUCCGAAAUGCAGAAUUUAGAAUGUUUGUGAUUCGCUGUGGAGAGCGUCCAUUUUUUCACGGUACUUACUGCUUUUCUUUUUAAAACCAAUUUGCCUAUGUAAACGCAUGAUUUCUCUGUAUAUUUUCAAACUGUGCGAUCUUCUGUGUGCACAAUGAGAAAAAGAACCGAUUGAUUUUUUUGUAUUUGAUUUCCAUGGAAUUUAUGUUAAAACUGAUAAAACGAAAUUUGAUGGAAGUAUGCGUUUGAAAGAUGUUCGGAUUUGAGAUUCGGACUCGAGUGACUCGAAGCGCGUGUGGGACAACGAGGAAGAAGGCGUCGCCUACUCGUACAGCUUCUUCCACUUCAUGUUCGGUCUCUCGUCUCUCUACAUCAUGAUGACACUCACCAGUUGGUACAAGUGAGAUUCACCAGCUUCUCGCGUCCCAGUAUGCCGAGUUUCAGACCAGACAGCGACUUGACCAACCUGAACUCCAACAUGGCGUCUGUUUGGGUGAAGAUGGUCUCUUCGUGGGUCUGCGUCGCUCUUUACUGCUGGACCCUCGUCGCUCCGGCCAUUUUCCCAGAUCGCGACUUUUAA